AUGGCGGCGCCGCCUGACCAGGUUGCGUCAGUGGAGUUGCCCACAUUGCAUCACGCCGAGGUGCAGGGCGAAAGGUUCCUCGGGGACCAUGAAACGGAUAAUGAUGGCAGAGAUCUAGACUCGGCCGUUGCUGUCCAGCUCAUCGCCAAGACCACGAGCAUGACGAUCACGCCUCCGGGAAGGGAUACCGAGGAAUUUUCGGCGCCGAGUAUUAGCCCUGUUACCCCGAACCCAGCCCUCCAGGUUAUCCCACACUCCUCGACACCCAUGUUGCCUACUGAUGCCCAACCGUAUCUGGCCACGGUGGAAGGAGAGUGGCAAGGCGCUCCGGGGCCACCCCCAGCAACAGCUCACCCCGUUCUAUCGAGCUCUCGUUGCUCCUUGAUGCUCGAGACACGAUGCAGGACAGCUUCCCAAACCGAACAGUGCAUGUUGACGUGCAAGCAGACCUCCCACGCACUCAGAACCCUCUCUCUGUCCCCGUACCUGCACCGCUCCCGUCUCCGACGCAUCCGCGCGCUGCUCCCGCCUCUCCUCACGUCGCCCUCGCGCCCCUCCCUGCUGGACCUGAUUCGCCGCUCCAUCUUCCUCAGCCGCACGGCCUUCACCUCGCGCAAGCUCGCCCGCAGCCUCGCGUCCAUCCGGCUAGCGCGCCAGCUCGCUGCCCGCCCGUCGGCCGAGGCGCUGGUGGAGAGGUGCAUCCUCCCGCCGGAGUGCCUGCCCUCUCCCGAUCCUGCCAAGGGCGGGGCGUUGGUCGUGGCGCCCGCCUUGGUGGCGAGGAAGAGGGCCGUGGAGAGGGAGAGGGUCAAGGAUGGGCUACGGGCGUGGGUCGGGAGCGUCUGGCGCGGGCAGGUCCGGCAGCGGGAGGAGGGCGUUAGAAUGUCGGAGGAGCGAGCUGGUGUUGGGAGAGUGUGGAGGUUGAGGAGGUUCUGGGAGAAGGUUGGACGGGGAGAGACUUAG